AUGGAUAUCGACAACAAGACGGCCAACAGCAGCAGCAACAAGAACAGUAACGCGAGAAACAACGCCGUCGGCACCAUGGCGUACGUCGGUGCCCCUGGCCUCGACCACUCGGCCUUCUUCGUCCGCCUCCGCGACGAGCGGACGCCUGUGCAAUGGGUGCCGACGGACAGCCAGCUGCGGACCGACGUGGCGCGCAUCGUCUAUGCCGCGGCGGCGCCCGAGGACCCGGCGCCCGAGGACCAGUCGCCUCACCAGUCGCCUCAACCGCCGCCGCCGCCGCCCCCCUCGUGUGCGUACCUGGCCUUUCCCAAGACGAGCGGCGGCCCGGACGGCAAGCACGCGGGAAGCUGGGACGCCGCCCAGUCCACGGCGGCAGUCCGGACGGCCGUCGAUGUCCUGGUCGGCCAGAAGGGCCACGACGUGUUCCGCCUCCACACCGGCACGGAGCCCGGGGCCGAGGCCGGCACGUCCAUCGGCUACGGCCUCGCGACGCUGCGCCCGACCGACGUGCAUGCGCUGCACCCGGUCGAGAGAAACCAGGGGCAGCGUCCGCCGGCGCCGCGCGACAUCUACCUGGAGCAGCGCGACCUGGCAGACGACCACGUCGCCCUCGUGCUGCCGGGCUUCUACCCGCGGGCCGCCGACUGCCUGGCCGUCGUCGCCGUCGCCGACCUCUUGUCCCGCGGCAUCUCAUCGUCGGCGAGGGCAGUGGCCGCGUCGCCGGGGCUCGUGCUGCCCGGCGCCGCCGCCGCCGCCGCCGCCUCGCGCAUCCGCGUCAUGGUUGCUCGCUUCCUCGACGCCGUCGACGACGCGGCCGAGAGACGCAAGGACCUCGCCGCCGAGCUGCGCCACGUCCGCCUGCUGGUCGGAAGCCCUGCCGACGGCUCCGAGCCGCGGCACCAGAAACAGCUCCUCUUGCCCCUCGGGGACAAGCCGGGCUCCGUCCUCGACCCGGAGGCCGCCGAUGCGCUGGCCGUCCUUGCCGACGCGCCGCCGCGCUCCAUCCUCGUCUUCCCCGAGUACCGCCGCCGCGACACGAGGAUGCUGCCUGGCUGGGCCCGCUCGGCCGGCCUCGAUGCCAUGGACGCCGACGACGGUGCCUCGGUCGCCCUGCCGCCGCUGGGCUCGUCGGCCAAGGAGUUCCGCCAACACGUCGCCGAGCUGUGCCGGCUGGUCCCGCGCCGCGGCAACGAGGAGCUCGCCGAUGACCUCGCAGAUGGCCUCGCAGAUGACCUCGCAUAUGACCCGCGCCUUCACCAUGUCAGUAUCCAUCCGCUUCUGCCGACGCCUUCGUCCGAGAAAGGGGCCGAGGAGUGGGACGCGCCCUUCGAGAGCUCGACCUUCUUCCUCGGCCCGGACGCGACCGACGACGAUUGGUUCCGCGUCCGCGCCCAGAUCCCGACCCGCAAGGCCGUUGUCCGCGUCUGGCCGGCCUCAAGGUCUUUGGACUGGCGCAUGAGCGUGGCGCGGUCCAACGUCUGGGGUCCGCGGUACGGCCGCGUCGUCGCCGCUCCCCAGACGCAGCAUACGCUGGUCCCCUUUUACCGGACCCCCAUGGCCAGAGGGAGCGGCACGCUGGGAGACGUGUUCGCGCCGGUGACCCAGGCGCCGGUGGUCCCGCAGCAGAGGCCCGACCCCGUCAUCGAGUGUCCGUUUGCCAACUGCGGCUUCAACUGGAAGCCCUGGGCCGACGAGGCGCGCAACCAGCGCGUCCUCGAGGCCCACGCACGCGUGCGCCACGUCGUCCGCCAGUGUCUCUGGUGCGACGAGCCGCUGGGCGAGUUCUGGAACGAUGGCGAGCGCGACGAGCACCUGCGCCGGAAGCACAGUCACCACCUCAUGGCUCUCCUCGGCGUCCAGCGGAUGAAGCUCCACCAUCGCGACGGCGGCAGCGGCAGCGUCGUCGCCUCGGUUCCCCUCAUGCCGGUCGAUUCCUCCUCCGCCGCGGCCUCGGCCCCUGUGCGGCAACCCCUGACCCAGACGGCGGCGUCUCGACCCCCGGCACCACCUGCCGACGAAGACGAGGAACCAGACAAGGAGAACGACCCUGGUGCGCUGCCGGACGACAGAAUACGUUUCAACUCGAGCGACCCCUCUGUCCUUGCUGCGCCGAUGCACGUAGACAUAAAUUCGGACCUGUGGGCCAUAGGCGCUCGCUACCUGCGCCGCCUGCUCACCGUUCCGCCCAGCACCGAGGCUCUCGUGGCACCGACCGAGCAGCAGAAGGAGCCGUCGCUGGACAACGACUUCGACGUUUAUGAGGACAUCGAGGAAGAAGAGGUGCGUGGCGACAACGGCACCGAGACACGCGGACGGGCGAUGAGCGAACCGCCCGCCAUCCUCGGCAACAUGGCCGGGACGACGACGCUGCAGCCUGCGAUGGAGAGUCGGCAGCAGAAUGAGCAGAGCGAAGAGGCGAACGAGGGCCAAGGGCCAGAGCAGGAUGAAGAGCCAAAGAAGCUCGAAGAGGAGAAGCAGAGCGUCGAGACCAGCGGCCCGGCGCGCGGCAAGAAGCGACAGCGCGCGGCCGACAACCCAGAGGACGCAGAGGCUGCGACCGACGAGCCUGUGGCGAAUAAGAGGAAGAAGACGGCCAAGACUGCCCAAACCACCAAGACGCCCAAGGCGGCCAAGGCGACCAAGGCGACCAGGACUGCCGAGUCCAUGAAGACUGUCGAGACGACCAAGUCGAGGAAAACCGCCGAGAGCAUCCAGACUGCCGAGGAAAGCAAGCCAAAGAAGGCGACCAAGCCCACCGGGGCGGGCAAGUCUGGCAGAACAGCCGAGACCCCCGAAUCCACUCAGACUGCGGCGGCCACCGAGCCUGUCGAGGCAGCCAAGCCGAAGAAGACGGCCAGGGCCACCAAGGCCACCAAGGCGAAAAGUACGCCCGCCCAGAAGAAGCGCAAAGCGCCCGAGCCCUCGACCAACAUCCCCGAAGACGACGACGCCCCGGCGCCCAAGCGCGCCAAGAAACACGCUGUCCCUCCCGCUCCCCCUCUCGCAGCCGAGCCCACGAGGCGAUCCGCCCGACUCAGGGGCAAGGCCAAGAAGAACUGA